GAGAAUGAUCAGGUGAUGCAGAGACACACAGGGAAUUACCCCUUGCACAAUGCUCUGGGUCACUCAGAGACAGCAGAGACAGUGAGGGAGUCAGUGAGCAGCACAGGGAGAGACAUCAGCGCUGCGAGUUUGUACCAGGGAAGGAUGACACUCAGUGUAGAAAAGAUCCUUCUCUCCUACCUGGAGAUCGACUUAAAGAACAAUGAAGUCUGGGAGGAGCUGAACUUGUUUUCGGGAAGAGGGAUGAAGCGGGGACCAAUGAGGCAACAGGGAGUGUCGAUGCGUUGUUGCGAGGGGGAUCUGGAAACGGAUGGAAAUGUCCCAUUAAAAUCUACAGACAUAAUUCAAUUGGAAGAAGAGGAUGAGGAGCUGUGCCGCAGGAUUGCCGCUCAGUUGGCGGAAAUCGGCGAUAAACUGGAGCGAGAGAUGAAGAUAAAACCAGAGGUAGUCGACGGGCUAGUGGACGCCAUGCUCAAUAACACGCUGGAUGAGGAGCAUUUGGCAGCCACAGUCCAGUCGCUGGUGCAGACAGCGCCCCCGGGGGUGGAGCAGGAGUUAGCCACCGUGGCCGUAGCCAUGAUCCUGACCAAGAAAGCCGUGACCAACGCCCCCUCUCUGCUCCACAACAUCUGCCACACCACCACACAGUUCGUAGAGAGGAACUACCGCGCUUGUUUAGAGCGUCUCGCCCGACAGAGGUGAAUGCUGAUUGGCCGGACCCAGGAUUUCGGAGAUGAGAAGCUGAUGAUGCGCAACGUUAAAGCCCCAGCAGGCGGCAGUCGGUGAGCACAGAGGAAUCAUUCAGAGACAAUUACGUGUCGUCGUGGAAAAAUGAACAAUUGCAUUUUUUUUUUUUACCAAAAUCUUUUUUUUUUUCUUUCACAUUUUUUGUUAUUUAAUGUUUAAUGGGGAAGGAAGUUGCUUUAUAGAUCCCCCCUGAAUCCCACCAAUGAUAAGUGUCCUCUGCCCGAUUCUUCUUUAGUCUUUGCUAGCCCCUCCCCCCCAAUGCUUCCAUUAUAUUAACCGUUACACUCCCACGGGGACAUUAUUCAACUUUCAAAUCCUCCUCAGGUCUUUGAUUUUCAAUUGGACGUUAAUAAUAAAAUACGAAUCGUCGUA